AUGGUCGCUGCCUGCUACACGUUGUGUGGAGUCGGGGGACAGAGUCAAAAUGACUCCGUGACUCAGAGCAGGAAGAGACCACGAAGUGUCAGUGGUGGAAAGACCCGGAAGCCGAUUUCUCGGCGUCCUGGUCUUGUUGCGCCCAAGGCCAAGGGUCAGGCGAAGAAGUCCCAAUCUGCGACUUCUGGGAAAACCCAGCGUCAGCGGCGAGACAAGCCAGCAGGGUCAGGGGCUAAUCGUGAGGAUGUGGUCAGACUCGAUGACUCUGCUCCUCGUACAUGUGGACACACGGAGUUUACAGCGUCAUGCGCGCAGUGCUGGUUUCAUCGCCACGGAGCAGAUUGGCAGCAGAGUCACGGAAGCUUCAUUUCCAAACAGGGUGUCGAUGGCCGCAGUGUCAAAGUGGUUUGGUUGCAGCAGAAGCCAAGUGGCAUGCCUGGUCCUUGGGCCAUAGGCUGUGCUGUGUGCAAUGCGUGGAGCAAGAAGCUGGAAGGCCACCCUCGAUCAACUGUUUUACGGCGCCUGAGUCAACGAGUGUCAACAAAGUGGGCAAGAUACGAAAUCAACAAAGUCAGCCAAAUGCAGGCUUCCGCAGUGCAGCUACAUGCGCAGAGUCAGAUUCACAUUGGAGCUGUCAAAGCAUUCGAAUCUCCGGACCUGCCUUUGCAGGCGCUCUUACCACGUAGCAAAGCUGAUGCUGAUUUGUUGAAGGGGGCUGUUCCCCAACCGGGAGAUUGGCUGGGGGCCUUUAGAGCAGCUCAAUCCCCAGUGUCAUUUCUGAAAGCCGAGAAGCAGUGUCAGACAGCUGCUUAUGCUGCCAUACGGUCAAGUUACACCAAAAGGCGUCAGAUGAAGCAGAUGAUUUCCGUCAUGGUCGAGGUCACACGUCAGAAGAAGCGGGCCGCCAUCUUGACUGCUGCUCAUAUUAGCAUUGCCAUCGACGACCGCUCUCCUUAUCGAGUGGUGCGUUUUCGCACAUGUCGUCCCAUCAGCAAGGGUCAGGGCGAGGAGUCCGAGUCACCAGCAGAGUCAGCUUCACCACUGGUGGAGGAGGGCAUCCUUGCGGUCCUGAAUGGGUGCUUGCCCGUUGACCAGAUGGAGAAGCUCGAUGAUGAUUACUCAGUAAAGCUGGCAGAGUCAAUCAAAGUCGCUAUAGAGCGCUUGGCAACUCCCUUGUCGUCAGAGACUGACCAGAGUGUCAUCGAUGCAUUCUACAAGAAGGUGACAUCGGUGGCCACAGAUGGUGCCAAGUCUAUGCGGAAGGCCGCACUGAUCAUGGAGAGUCAGAUGUUCCCGAACAUGUCCUUUGCCCUGCCAGACCGGGCACAUCAGAUACGCAGAGCGUCAAUACCGCUCACCCUGGAAAACCGUUUCAAAGCUUUCUGGGAGAACGUGUUCUCCAAGCGUCACGCUCUCGUUCCUGAUCUGCAAAACUCAGCGCAGUGGCAGAUGAGGUUUCAGACUAUGGAGAACGAGCUCAAGAGUCAGAGUGAGAAUCAUGAAUUGCCUGGCGGGCUGAAGAAGGCCCUGCGAACCCUUUCUUUCGCAAAGCAAAGGUUUGACUCAAUGGCAACACCAGCGUCAAAAUUUGUGACAUUGAUACAACCUUUCGCACUUCUGCUGGCGCACCAAAGCGCAGACCACCGGCUAGACCCGAAGGUCCGAUGGCGCUCGCAGCAGAUGCUUCAAGCAAUGGACGCAGAACUUGUGCUUGUUGCAGGCUUGAGCGCAGACUUUUCUGGCGAAGUGUUAAGAUUUGUUCGGCAGCAUGAUAUCCGGUCCCACGACAUAAGCCGAACAUUGCAAGAGAGGGACGAGUUUCUGCGCAGACUCGACAAGCUUUUCAUCCAGGGUCAUAUUUUGGAUGAAGCUACAGAGUCAUUUGCCCACAUGGCAUGUCGGAAUGCAAUUUCCGCUGGCCCCAUACAGUUUGGCGACCGGAUGCAUGAUCUUUGGGGGCCCAUGGGCAAGAAGAAGUGUCAGGACAUCAUGACCUCUGUGCAGGUUGUCACCGACAGUUGCAGGAAACGGGUCGUGGCCGACAUGAGUGCCAAUGACCCUGAAAUGGCCUUCGCAAUUUUCAACCUGGAAGGCUGGCUUCAUGGUGGGGCUGCAGACGGGGAACAUCGUCAAAGGCGCUUCAAGAUGUUGAAGCAGCUCUGCCGAGUUCUCAAGCUGCCAUAUGAUCCAACACUACUAGAGUUCGAGGGUGUGCUUGCAGAGCUUCUCGAGGAUACUGACAGCGUCAACCAGGCUGUUUCGAACGCAGACAACAGGCCGAUCUGGGCCAGGGCCCUCGGAGAUGGCAAGCCGCUGAGUCAGUGUAACCAAGAGCUUGAGUACCUGCCCGAGUUACUGGCUUUCUACAUGAGUAUUUUAGAUGGCGAAUGUGGCCUGGUGCUGAUUACUUCCAUUUCUCACUGGUUCACCAUGUCAGACAAUAACAGAGUGUCUCUUAAACUUAGGAUAUUUAGUGUUAGUAAAGGCGAACGAGGCCUAGACCGAGACCGUUGUUUUAUUUUGCCUGUCAACUGUCUAGGUGGCGUGGAGCGAGACCUUGCAAGCCUGUGCAAGACGCUGGAACAACAUCAGGGUCCCACAGACGCAGACGCCCUGACAGCGUCAGAAUUGUUGGAGUUGCGCCUUGACGGACCAAAGACAGAGUCAGAUGUGUUUGUUCAAGUGUCAGUGCCAGCGUCUUCCAGCGGUGCACUUGCUGUAGGGGGCGCUGGCAGCCUCGACUUCACGGAUUACAGCCGGGCUUGUGCACAACUUUGGGUUGAUUUAUUUGGACGCCGUUUCUCCUUGUACAAGAACCUUGCCCCUGCAGAUAACACCGACAGUCUUGUAAUUUAUUAUUAA